AGGGGCUUUGAUUGGCUGAUAGUCUGGGUAGGGAGGAGCAACCUAGCAGAGCGGAGAACGAGGAAGAAGAGCGUCUGUCAUUUGGAAAUCUCACGGUAACAUCGCGACUGACCACAAUGCCUGAAGCAGACAUCGCACUCAUCGGUUUGGCUGUCAUGGGCCAGAACCUCAUCAUGAACAUGAAUGACCAUGGCUUUGUUGUGUGUGCCUACAACCGCACUGUGUCCAAGGUGCACGACUUCUUGCAGAACGAGGCAAAGGGUUCCAAGGUGAUUGGCGCUGAGUCACUUGAGGACAUGGUUUCUAAGCUAAAGAAGCCCAGGAGAAUCAUCCUGUUGGUCAAGGCCGGACAGGCGGUGGAUGACUUUAUCGACAAGCUGGUUCCCCUCCUUGAGGCUGGAGAUAUCAUCAUUGACGGUGGCAACUCUGAAUACAGUGACACGACACGGCGCUGUAAGAGUCUAAAAGAGAAGAACUUGCUGUUUGUGGGCAGCGGCGUCAGCGGUGGCGAGGAGGGGGCACGCUAUGGACCCUCACUCAUGCCGGGAGGACAUCCAGAGGCCUGGCCUCACAUCAAAGACAUCUUCCAGAGCAUCGCUGCCAAGGUGGGAACAGGAGAGCCGUGCUCUGAUUGGGUAGGAGAUGAGGGCGCGGGUCAUUUUGUCAAAAUGGUUCACAAUGGCAUCGAAUACGGCGACAUGCAGCUGAUUUGUGAGGCUUAUCACCUGAUGAAGGAUGUGCUCGGGAUGGACCAUGACGAGAUGGCCGAGGCUUUUGACAACUGGAACAAGACAGAGCUAGACUCAUUUCUAAUUGAGAUCACCGCCAACAUCCUUAAGUACCGAGACACCGACGGUAUACAUCUGUUGCCCAAGAUCCGCGACAGUGCAGGACAGAAAGGCACGGGGAAGUGGACUGCUAUUUCAGCCUUGGAAUACGGCACUCCUGUGACUUUAAUCGGAGAGGCUGUCUUUGCCCGAUGUCUGUCCUCCCUAAAAGCCGAGAGGGUGGAGGCCAGCCGCAGCCUGACGGGGCCAGCAGGAGUCACGUUCAGUGGUGACAAGGCUGCCUUCCUGGAGGACAUUAGGAAGGCUCUGUAUGCCUCCAAGAUCAUCUCCUACGCGCAGGGCUUCAUGCUGCUUCGCCAGGCCGCCAAAGAGUUCGGCUGGUCCCUCAACUAUGGCGCCAUCGCUCUGAUGUGGCGAGGAGGCUGCAUCAUCCGCAGUGUGUUCCUGGGCAAAAUCAAGGAGGCGUUCGACAGGGACUCGGAGCUGCAGAGCUUGUUGUUGGACUCAUUCUUCAGCGACGCUGUGCAGAAGUGUCAAGAGUCGUGGCGUCGAGCAGUCAGCACAGGCGUACAGCACGGCAUCCCCAUGCCGUGCUUCACCACCGCCCUGUCCUUCUACGACGGCUACAGGCACAAGAUGCUGCCUGCCAACCUCCUCCAGGCUCAGAGAGAUUACUUCGGGGCUCACACAUACGAGCUGCUGUCCCAGCCGGGCCGCUUUGUCCACACCAACUGGACAGGCCACGGUGGAAACGUCUCGUCUUCCUCCUACAACGCGUAACGAGGAGUACGGCGGCGUACGCUUCAAACAAAAACACAGCAUACACACGAGUGCAAAAGAGGAUAUUACACAUUCCGCCACUAUAACCGCAGCAUUUUAGCUAAAAUCAACAAUGUGUGGUGGCACAUUUUACAACCGUAGAAUUGUAUAAUUUGUGUCCUUACACUGUUUUGGUUAAUGCCAGGGUCCACAGUGUUAACACUGGAUUUAAGCUGAAGUGUUGCACUGUACUGUACUAGGCUAAAUAAAGAUUUCAAUCCCUUUAUAA